CUGGCUGGCUGAGAUCCACCAAAGCUUUUCCUUUCGUUUUUACUACUAUUAUUUUUUCAAGUACAUAGUAGGUACCUAGAUACUACGGAAUACCUUCCCCAAAUACUACAUGGAGAUCGGCAACAUAAACUACCCAUCAGUCUUACACCUACGGAUAGUACCGCCCUGGUAUGUCUAAGUGAAAGUAAACCAAAAACAAGAAUACUCCCGGCUAAACUUUGAUCAUCGCAAAGUUGUAUUGAAGUCUGACAGAAUAUUUCUUGGAAGUAACCUUCCCUGUCAUGACCCACCCGUGUGACCCGCAGCAGACUGUUAGCUUGAGGACGGUUGCUGGAAAUGUGUGUGCGUGUGGUGUGUGCCUCGGAGAUAAUCUUUAGUUGCUGAUGGCUUAGCGCUAUCAACGUACAUGGUGCAUCGAUACCGGUGGACGCUAGUGACAAGGUACCAGAUAUAUAGGUCGAACGAAGUAGUAAUUUCACCUAUACACUUAUCUUUCUCAGUGUUUGUGUUUGUCUGGACAAUACGUAAAGCUCGCUCAUUGCAUUACUGUAUCAUACCUUACAUUCCGUGUGUUGAGUGAGGUUUGAGACAUGCAGUGGAUACCUCUCAUCCUGUCAACAUCAGCUCGUUCGAGACUAGGAUCGCGAAUGGAGUGUCUUACACUCUUCUAAGUACCUGUAAUAUCGUAUAUACUCCAUUGCGAUUACUGAAACCGAUAGCAAUAACGUACAACAAGACUGGCUCACUCUGGAACAUUCGAGAAGAAGAGUAUACAAGGCUUGGUACAGUACCCUAUCUACUCUCAUUUCCCGAUAGUAAAAAUGCGGCAAAGUCGAUCGGAGUUCUGAUUCUACUUCGAACAGUGGAAACUGAC